AUGGAAGAUUCUCGCCGACGUCAGCUUCAUAGCUGUGAUCCUUGUCGUAAAGGCAAAAGAGGCUGCGACGCACCUAAAGAACGACAACAGAGCACAUUUAGUUCUUGCUCCAACUGCAUACGAUGGAAAAAGGAGUGCACAUUCAAUUGGGUCUCUUCAAAACGUGUGGACUCGACAGGGAGUCGAAAACGAAUCAAGACCAACACCACAAGCGCAACGAUUAUACGAUCUGACGAUGAAGCUCUUGAUGAGAUACUGCGCUCUGUGCAAACGCAUCCUGCCAAUCUCGGAGGAUUGCUUAGCCCCCCCGAAACCUCGGAUUACCCCUCGUCCUCGUCCUCUUCGCACCCGGAAAAUCACUUUCUCGAGUCAUUCCAAGCCAAUGAUAGGAGUAGUGGCCAGCCUCAAUUAUCUCCUUGGACGAUGGACAUCCCAUAUGAUUUGCAACUUAGUAGCUCAAAUCCACUUGCAUCUCCGGACUCUUCCGUGGAAUCCGACACCCAGUGUGAGGUUUUGAAUUUGGCACCAAGUUUUGUCGAGAGCACCUACGACUUGUCACCGCAACAUGAAUACGCACCCAGCUCUCAUCUCAUACCAACGUCUCCAGUGUGGAAAAUGAGUCGAGACAAACAACCACGAGAGUCUGCGUCUGACCGCAGUUCGAACCCAGAGUUACAAUGGAACUUCUGCAUCGCUUCGGAAAAUACAGCCAAGCAAAGCGCUCGUGCGACAAUGUCACGCAACCUGGUCCGUAUAUACCACGACAGCAUGGAGAAUGCUUUGUCAUGUUGGUUGACAGAGCACAACUGCCCUUACAGUGACUCAAUUAGCCAGGUGGUUCCUCAUCGAGAGAUGAAAGCAUGGGGACCGAGUUGGUCAAACAGAAUGUGUAUUCGGGUGUGUCGGUUGGAUCGUGUGUCAUCCUCAAUACGCGGCAGAGCCUUAAGUGCAGAGGAAGAUGCGAAGGCAGCUCGAGCACUUCAUCUAGCCAUUAUGUCGUUCGCAUCGCAGUGGACUCAACAUGCACAGAAGGGCACCGGUGCGACAGUUCCCGCGGCAAUCGACCAUGAUGAGAGAUUAAUCCGAGAGAAAGUGUGGAACGAAGCACGCCAGGCUUUGGAGCAUUCGAGCCACAUUCCCUCUUUUCGUAUUGCCUUCGCAAACAUUAUUUUCUCUUUAACGCAAAGUCCACUGGACAAAGGACAGGAUGCAAGUUUGGGCGAGCUUUUGGACAAUGACCGAGCGCCAAUAUUUCUAGAGACGGCUAACCGCCAAAUUUUCACCUUUCGACGCAAGUUCACAAGACUGCAGCGAGAGGCUGCUCCCAAAGUGAGAGAUCUUGGAAGGGCUUCGAUGGACUCGACAACGGCAAGCGUUCUGGAAAUGCCACAAAUUUCAGAGUCUCCGCAACUCGAUCCACUUCUGACUAGCCAAGAACACCGGACAACGCUAGAUCUGAUGUUUUGGUUGGGCGUUAUGUUUGAUACCCUAAGUUCUGCAAUGUAUCAGCGCCCAUUGGUGGUAUCGGAUGAGGAUAGUCAAAUUAUAUCAGCCUCGCCGUCAAUAGCUAAGCCCGAAGAUCAAAUUGACCUUGAUCACUGGGAUAUUACAGCAAGCAAGACACGUGGGAAAUUGGACGUGUGGGGUGAUUUAUUCCUUCGUUCAGCGAUAGAACGUCAGGGAUCGAGCCACGGCCAGCCGAGGUGGCCAUGCUCCUACGAAGAAGCUGCAUCUGUACUUUCGGAGGCGACUCCUGUCAAAGUGCUGCUGUAUCGUCGAGUGACACAGCUCCAAACCCUGGUUUACCGAGGCGCAAGUCCCGAUCAUAUUGAAAAGGUCAUCCAAAAAACGCUGUCGGUCUGCCAACACUGGGAUUCCACAUACCAGAAUUUCAUGGUCGAUUGCGUCAACAACCAUGAACUGCUUCCUUCUCGCAUACAGUCGUGGUACGUCAUCCUCGACGGCCACUGGCACCUAGCUGUUAUGCUUUUGGCAGACGUGCUAGAGAGCAUCGACAAAUGCAGGCUCGGCUCUGAUGUUUCACGUGAGGCUCGGCAAGCUACAGACUUGUUUGCAACGCUUCGAACAAAUAAUGCCUUGGCAGUCGGCGGACUUGCCCGAGCUUCAAUACAAGGGCAGGACUCAUUCAUGAACCGUCAUUUCCAUGAUUCCCUCAGUGAAGUGGCCUUCCUAGUUGAACCAUGGACGGCUGUGUUGGUUCAUUGCUUUGCCAAGGCGGGAUAUAUCUUGCUGGAAAGUUUAGAUAUUUCGGGAGAUCAAAAUGUGUAUACUGAGUGCUUACGGCAGAAUUGCGAGUUCUUGAUCCGUGCGCUUCAAUACCUGGGAAGAAAGUCCGACAUGGCCUUUUUGGCGGCUCGAAAUUUGUUAAGGUCUUUGGAGUCAAAACUUGCCUUGCCGUCCUGA